CAUUCCAUCUUGUCAGCUCGUUUUCGGCAUUUAGUAUAAAAAAAAAAAAAACGUUUAUUUCAUACAAAAUUCGUUGUCUCUACGCUUGUUCGUCAAUUGCAUUCUUUGGCCUAUCUUUCAAUCCCGUUUGGCGGUAUUGAUUUGGGUUUUGAUGGAAUCCGAUCUGAGGGUGUACUACCAGCCGGCUAACCAAGUGGAUUCUCAGGCUGAACUGCAAUAUGCCCUGGGCCUUGAUAUUCAUAAUUCAGAUCAUACGGAAACGCGUGGCAGUGGCGGUUCUAAUCCCUCUCCGCAGGACACCGAGCAGCCGACUGCGGAUGUGGAGCGCACCUGUUGGAUAUGUUUCGCAAGCCGCGAGGACAACCGGCGGGCCAAGUGGGUGCAUCCGUGCCAGUGCCGCGGUGGCACCAAGUGGGUUCACCAGAGCUGUCUGUACCGCUGGAUCGACGAGAAGCAGCAGGGUAACCACCGGCGGUCGGUGGUUUGCCAACAAUGCCUAACUGAGUAUAUAAUCGUCUUUCCCCGAAUGAAUCCCUUGGCAGGUAUUCUGGAGAAGCUCGAUUUCGCUGUGAGGCGGAUCUGCCCCUAUUUGGCGCUCAAAAUGGUCAUGUGCUGCGUUUAUUGGACUGCCAUCACGUACGGAGCCAUCACUGUCAUCCAGGUGGUGGGUCAAGAACGCGCAGUUCAGCUGAUGGAGAACGAGGGAUUCCGGCUGGUGGGACUGCCCUUCAUUCCGGUGGGGUUGGUUCUAAUGCGACUGGUGCGCUGGGAGGAUGCCGUCUUGAAGGCCAUGCGCAGCAGAUACAACAUUUUGCGAAAGUUGCCCUUUUUCCACUGGGCCGGGGAGCCAGAAGCUGGAACGGGGGACUUGGGUGUCUUGAGCGAUAGUUCCAGCAGUUUGCCACCAAUCCAGCAUAAUCCAUCUAUCACCGAACCCAUCUACAUCUCUCGACUCCUUUGCGGAGCCUUUUUUCUGCCAUCUAUUGCCACCGCCGUGGGAAAUGUGUUUUUCAGGAGCAUAGAAGAUCCACUUCAUCGCACUAUCAUCGGCGGAAUCGCCUAUAUCGGGGUUAAGGGACUGUUGAAAAUCUACCUCAAACAGAAGCUUUAUGUCCGCCGACGGGGACGUCGCAUUGUGAACUACACCGAUGAAAACGUAAGGUUAUAUUUGGGUGGACAGAUCAGGGAGGCACCAGCCCACGGUUCUGAAAUUGCCCGCCAGUUUGCCGGAUUUGCAGGAUUUGAUGAGAACAUGGAGGACAGCUCUAGCGUGGUCACCACGGACUCUGAGGAUGGUGACCCGGACAGCUAAGCCUCAUAAUUCACUGAACUGGUCAUAUGUCAUUGGACCAGAGAAUUAAGACCAAGAAUUUUAACGACAAGAAAGACGUUGGAAACGAGCAAUAAAAUAGUGUAUAGAUAUACAUCUUUUUGAAAACUGCAACCUGGAUAUAUGCAUAGAUGCCCCACUAAUUUAUUAACCUGUAUAGUUGUUAUAUAUUUUAAUACAUUGAAUUCAAAACAA